GUCGGCUGCGCUCGUGUGCGUGCGAACGUCGCCGAGUAAACUUUAGUGCGCCGAGUGUCUGAGACAAUGCCGCGGAUCAACGUCGCGCUCCUCCUCGUGCUCCUUGCUAUCGCUGCCCGAGCGACACCCAGACUCAAGAGAGUUGCCGCUCAGGAUGAAGACGACGAGCGGCGGCAGCAGCAUGACCACGAAAGAAGCAAUCAUGGCGAGCACUUUGGCUAUGAGAAGCCGGACGAUUGGUCGGAAGAUUACCCGGCGUGCGCGGGCGUGCGCCAGUCGCCGAUCAACAUCGAACUCCAGGACGUCGAGACCAUGGACAGCUGGCGGCCGCCGCUCGGGCGCUUCGGUUACGACAGCAAGCCGCUCGAGAUGAGCAUCAGCAACAACGGGCACUCCGUGCAACUGACGGGCGUCUGGCCGUUGCACGACACGCCGUCGGUCUACGGCGGACCGCUGACCGGCCUCUAUCAAUUGGCGCAGGUACACUUCCAUUGGGGAGCCGAGAACGGCGUCGGCAGCGAGCACACAGUCGCCAAUCACAGCUUCCCGUUGGAAAUGCACAUGGUGCACUGGAAGAAGAUCUAUCAGAACUUGACCGAGGCGCUGAACCACGAUGACGGGCUUGUCGUGCUCGGCUACCUCAUGUCGCUCGACAAGAGCGCCAACAUGGGCAUCGAAAGGAUGCGCUCGAGCUUCUCGAGCAUUCUGAAGCCCGGACAAAGUGCGAGAAUCGAACCUUUUCCCCUGUCUCUCUUCGAUCUGGACUUGCUCAAAGAGGGCUACGUCACUUAUCCGGGCUCUCUGACCACGCCGCCGUGUAGCGAAUCUGUCAUUUGGUUGAUAUCCGUGCGAAUCAAAGACGUAACCAUUGAUGAGCUGGAAUCCUUUAGAAAAUUGCAUCUGCAUAACGAUGACAAACACAAUUAUAGACCAACGCAGCCUCGCAACAGUCGCUCUAUCUAUUAUUUCUAUGACAUUCCUAUAUAGCAUAUACUUUCAGUUUGACAUCAAGUUCUUUAUAGAGCUGAAGCUUCACUUUCAACGGGUAACUAGGUGAUUUUGUGAAUAAAAUGUAAAAAAACUGCAUUUUUUAUAAGCUAUAUAAAAUUUCAUGUAAAUACUGAUAUAUAAAAGUAUUUAUUUUUUUAUGCGGUAUAUUGUAUUUGUAUUUACAACAAUAUUUGUAAAAAGGGAUUUAUUAUCACAUAAAGUAUGUAUAGGAAUAUUAAAAUAAAUUAUUGCUAUGGUUGCACACGUCAAGUCUCGUAUUU